AAUGCCGAGCCCAGUAAACGUACUCCCCCUGGUGGCGUUGGCAAGAAACAGGUCACCAGUAAAAUAGCAACGUUGUGGAAGAGGGAUGGCAGCCUGGAAAGGUCUCCUUCCCGUGAAAGUCCCCUGUCCUCAGCAUCCUCCUCUUUGUCCAAACUGCCCAUAUCCACUGUAAAGACAUCACCUGCCUCCACAAAACCCAGCAGCCUGCCUCCCUCAGGGUUUAAAACCAAAGCAGCCACGCUCCCCGCCUCAGCCAGUCUCACAGCCUCAAAAUCAGCCGGCGAUGGCAUCUGCAAGAGCGCCACCUAUGAGAAGCUUUCUUCAGAGGUCAAAGUCCAAGAAGGCAGGCACACGGGGAGACCGGCGAAGAAAUCUGCAGAAAUGUCCAAAAUUGCCAAACAGAAAGAAAGCACCGAGUCCCCUGAAACUGGGGUACGACGUGGUGAAGUGUUUGAGCUCUGCGAUGAUGAAGAUGAUGAGGAAUACUCCAGGGUGGACCGAGGGGUCAGCGCUAACUUGAUGUAUGACACAAAUGAAAGCCUGGAGAGCAGCGAGUUUGACGACUCUCCCACCAGUCGUCAUGGGGGCAGUGGGAAAAUCACCAGGCAGUCCACGUCUGACUCUGUGGACUCCUUGGACCAGUCCUGCGACCCUAGCCCCCACAUUGAUACCAGCACUUUCAGAAAAAAGAAACGGGACCCGAGCAUCUCAGAUUUCGAACUGCCCAAUGCCGAUGAGACAUGCAAGUCCAUGUGCUCGUUCAAUGACUCCAUGGGAUCUCCCCACACCAACAACAGUGUGCUCCAUCCUAGAACUAAAUUCAUCAAUGAGGACAGCAUCCUCAGUGAGAUGAGCAUCAGCGCCAUCUCCAACAAUGAUUCACAAAUCUCUAAAAAUGAGAAGAAAGGGAAGCAAAAUGAAGAGAAGACCGGGGGCAAAACCAAGUCCAAAGUUGCCCAGGGCCUGAAGCGCCUCUUUGGCUCCGGGCGCCACAACAAAGACAAGGAUAAGGAAUCCAAGUCAAAAAACUCUGAGACCUCCAGGUCAAAACCUUCUGAAAAAGAGCAGGGCAAAAGUAAGAAAAUAAACGGCAAGGACAAAAAAAAUUCAAAGGAUAAGAAAGAGUAUGAUUUUUUCAGCGCCAACAUCAAAAUUGAACCGUCCACGAUGUCGAAUUUUGAUGACAAACUCGUCUGCCACCAAGGGACGACGACACUGGCGACCACACCCAAGCCGAGUCAGCUGAGAACGGAGCACAAAGUCAGCCCGUCGGCAAUUGUUGCCCCUUUCAACUACAAUCCACCGGCGACCACUCCAACCAGCAGUGGCGGCAGCUCUCUGUUGGUGGUGGAUCUUUCAACGCCGGCCUCUUCCACAAAUGGCGAGGAUCACUCGGAGAGCCAGGACAAUGUCAGUUUGGGAUCCAAUCCUGAAAAGCACAUGACCAAGACUGAAAUGCUUUUGGCCAGACGCCGGCAGAAG